AUAGCUCACUAUGAUCAUCAAGCUCAUCAUAAAAACAUCCUAUACACUAAUAAUCAAAGUGCCCACAGCCCAGUCACUACCAUCAUGGCUUGCAUGCAAAUGUCCAGGAGUGAAUCCACAGAGAAGAAGUGCAGCGAUGUCUCUCAGGGUUACUACUCAUCUGAUCACAAGCAAGAGGUGCACAAAGUAGCUGGGUGUGCAGUGCCCCACCACGGCCAUGCCACCCAAGGCACUGGCCACCACGGCUAUGCCACCCAAGGCACUGGCCACCACGGCUAUGCCACCCAAGGCACUAGCCACCACGGCUAUGCCACCCAAGGCACUGGCCACCACGGCCAUGCCACCCAAGGCACUGGCCAUCAAGGCCAUGCCUGCCAAGGCAUUGGCCACCAUGGCCAUGCCAGCCAUGGCUCUGGCCACCACGGCCAUGUCAGCCAUGGCUCUGGCCACCAUGACCAUGCCAGCCAUGGUUGUGGACAACAUGGCUCAGCCCAUCAUGGAAUCAACCACCACAACUCUGCGCACCAUGGUGGUACCCACCACCACUCUUCACACCACACAAGCUGCGAUGAGAAGAAGGAAGAAUACAAAGUUUACAAAUCAGGACACAACAAGAGUGAGAUGAAGAUCAAGAAGAAGUCAUCCAAGAAGUGCAGUGAUGACAGCAGUGACAGCGAGAGUGACAAUGAAGGCUGUCGGAAGAAGUGCUAAACGGGAAGAACUCAGCAGUUAGCAUCAGCUAACCCAGGACCAGACUGGAGAUCGUAUGCUACUGAUAAAAAAUAUAGUAUGUCAUAAAUAAUGCCCAAUUACUAGCAUAGCUGGAUUGGCUCAGUGUGUAUUAUGUAAGAAUGGAUGAUUUUCCUAAUUGUUGUCGUUUCUUAUGAUGAACAAUGGUACAAUGCUACUAAAA